AACUCGGGGAGUGAAUAGACGGCUUCCGGGGCCUGCUGUCGCUCCGGGCCCUGCGAGGGGCUUUAAGUCCUACGGGAGCGAAGGACCGUGUUGCCAUGGAAACCCUCGCUCUGGACCAGCGAGUGCGGCCCUGGAGCUGCGGAAGGAGUGCUGUUCUCUUCCGCUGUCAGGAAGUUCUCUCGGCGGUUUCUUCUGAGCUGGGUGGGUUUUCGGUGGAUUUGGGCAGUGGCGAGAGAACUGUGACUAUGCCUCUUAACUCUGUAGCUGGAGCAUAAGAACUGUUUGUUUAAUGAAUGACCUAUCCAUUUAGGACCUAUUUAGACCCUGAGGAUAACCCUGUGAAUUGUGUUGGUUUCAUUAUGCUGAGACGAAAACCAACCCGUCUGGAGCUGAAGCUUGAUGACAUUGAGGAGUUUGAAAGCAUUCGAAAGGACCUGGAGACCCGUAAGAAACAAAAGGAAGAUGUGGAUGUUGUAGGAGGCAGUGAUGGAGAAGGUGCCAUUGGGCUCAGCAGUGACCCCAAGGGCAGGGAACAAAUGAUUAAUGAUCGAAUUGGUUAUAAACCCCAACCCAAGCCCAACAAUCGUUCAUCUCAAUUUGGAAGUUUUGAAUUUUAGAGGUGGAUUAUCUUGUGUGCCAGAGCCCUGGAAUGGAGUAAAAUGAUGGCAGAAAUACAAACAAGAUUUAGAGAAUUGAGUGCUUGCAGUCAAGCUGAAUAUUUUACGUCCUGCAAAGAGAGAUACUUCUGCAUGAGAGUGCUGAUGCUUAACUUUCACUCUGAAAGCUGAAAUUCAAACUCGGUUUGUCUCUGGAAAAUCUGACUCGAUAAACUUGUCUGAUUUUUGUUUUUAAAAAUAAAUCUAUUUUUGGAAAA